AUGUCAACCACAGAUCUACCCCAGUAUUAUCCGAACAACUUGACUCCGCUAGAUAUAAAUCAAGAAACACUGGAAAACGCCCUCAAAGAGCUGCAGGUUGCUGUGAAUCGUGGUGCAACUUUAUUGCAGGAGGGCUGUCCUCCUCAGAGCGAAUGGGGCAAAACCUACAACACGGGUAUAUACGUGGGAUUUCCAGGAAUUGCUCUUGCUUUCCUCCGACUGGACCAUCAGGUCAAAGCGUUCAGCAACAAAGAUGUCGGACUUCCUCUUGACUUCCGCAGACUUGCAAGCGAGCAAAUCCUUCCACAUGGACCGGACAUUCCACUUUUGCCCGGAAGAUUAGCACCUUUUGGCUCCCCCAGUGUGCUUGUGGGACCUCUGAUGCGAAUUCUCGCAGCCGCCCAAUCCGGUGCAUCCAUGUCCGAAGCUGAUAUCGAAUGUCUCAGAAAUGUCGUACAAGUGGCCAUCGGAAAUCCCCACAUGCUACCACACGGUGAUGGGAUGAUGGGUACGGACGAAGUUUUGUAUGGUCGAGCGGGUGUAUUGUGGGUUGUACUGAGCGUGAGAGCUCACAAGUAUGAUGAGAGGGCUACAGGCCUUCUGACCUCCAUUUUCGAAUCUGUUCCAGACCUUAUUGAUGCUAUUAUCAAGGGUGGGCUUCAAGGCAGAGAAGACUAUCUAGAGGAGUAUGGGGAGAGAAAUGCUUUGCCGUUGAUGUGGCACUGGCAUGAAGAUCGGUAUGGCCUAGGAGCCGACAAAACGGCAAAUCUAACAUAUCUGACUAGGGUACAUGGAAUGUCUGGCAUACUCGCAGCCCUCCUUGCCUGCGAUCCUGAAGAGCUCAACGACGGUGCUUCGCGUAAUUACCUGCCCCUGAUAGCGGAAACAAUCACCGGUCUUUGCAAGAUAUGUAUUGCUCAUAACGGCCAUCUCCCAUCGACUCUUCCCGAUCGUGGUCCUUCAUCCAAGCGCUCCUCACCUCUCGUCCAGAUUUGCCAUGGUAGUCCCGGCAUUUUGACCCUUAUGGCAUGCGCCAGGCGGAACAAGCCCCUGAUCUCUAACUUCUGGCAGCCAGAAUGGGAUAUAGCAAUUCGCCUGGCAAGCGAACGGGUCUGGGAAGAAGGACUACUUUCCAAAGGCGGCGGGAUCUGUCAUGGCAUUACCGGCAGUGCAUGGCCAUUGUUGCUUCUGCACGACAGCUUCGAGUAUGAUAAGGAAGAGAUGCAAGCAGCCAGAGAGAGAUAUAUGGGGAGAACACAGACAACCAACGCAACAGUAUUGGAUACCGGGCUCACUGGUGACUAUUUCCUGUCGAGAGCGCUGGCGAUGUUGUUGCAUGUGCGGGAGACACCUCCAUACCAAAGCUCCGUCACGCCAACGUCUAACAUCUAUCGACUACCUGAUCGCCCAUUCUCCCUCACAGAAGGCCUAGCUGGAGCUGUCUGUGCGUGGGCAGACGCAUGUGUGUCUGUCCAGAUGAGACUGCGAAGCAUGCUUCUGCAGAAGAAGUGGCCGGACAGUUCUUCGUCUUUGAAGUCAGAUCCAACCUUCCAAGAUCUCGAGAGCUUGAAAUUGGGAAUUCCAACGCUUGCUUAUCACCGGGCUACACCUUUGCCUUGA